GUUAUCUUUAAGAAGUGUCGGGAGAGCUUCGUAAAACUGUCUUGUCAUUUCAUGAACAAGCAGUGGAACAGCCUCUAGCAGUUGUACAUCAACACUCUUUCUUUAGUUUCUGGGUCUGCUGAAGGCUUCAUUAUUAAAAUUCUGAAAAAAUCAUAAUAGUACACUUGGGCUCGCUUAAGUUGGGACGAGGCUGCUAUAAAAGAGAUCAGAAAUGGAGCCGAUGACAUUAGGAUCACCUGUGGGAAGUCCGGGAACUCAGAAUCCUUCGUCUCCGUUUUUGCCAGGUUUUUUGAUGGGGGACCCUGCACCUCAACCAACCAGUCCCACCAAGACUCCCCGCCAAGUUCACUUUGCCCCUACCACUGCGGGGUUAUCCGCUACAUCACCUCUGACUCCGGGACCAAUUGGACCCACUUCACUCAACGAGAGUUUUUCUAGGUUUCACAAAAACCAGAGGGAGAAGUCCGGGGGGCCUCCUACUGUAGGGUUGUUUGACACGUUAGACGUGACUGCUUCUGCCCUACCCCCCUCCACCCCCACCACCCCAUAUGAGCCAAGCGCUCAGCUGAUGCACACACCACAACAGAGCACAAACCAAUCGAGUGCAGAAGAAGGUGAACGUUGGGUGACAGUUUUUGGGUUUCCACCAGCCGCAGCUUCAUCCGUCCUGGGACAGUUCUCUCAAGUGGGACACAUUAUUGAGCACAGAUUUCCCGGCCAAGGCAACUGGGUGAACAUCUGCUACGCUAGCAAGCUUGAUGCUCGCCGAGCACUGUCGUACAAUGGAAAGGUGCUCUCCGGACACACCAUGAUCGGAGUUGUACCUUGCAGAGACUAUACACAACAAGGCAGUGCGUUGAAGGAUAUGACCAACAUGUUCAGCAGUACUGCCACGCCGACAACACCCAAAUCCCCUCAGGUGACUCGUCUGUCCCAGCGACGGUUGGUAACAUCCCCCACUUCACCGUACGCUCCGUCUCCCCGGGGCGGACGUCCCCUCAACAUGACAGCCCAAACGGAAAAUGAGGUGCACGGGUCACAAAAUACCCCAACAAAAAGUACAAGUUUUGUGACAAAAGCAGUGGAUUACGUAUUCGGUUGGUAACACAAGUUUCCAAGUAAAUCAAUUUCAACAGACUUAGGUAUUAUCAUAUUUCAACUCUACUUUCCUGGACAUUACUCGUUACUGGACGUUACUCGUUGGACGUUACUCGUACUUUUGACUUCUAAGUUUUAUACACUUAGACCUAACUAUUGUUUUGUGAUUAUGUUUCUUAUACUGUAAACCUAUUGACGGUUGUUAUAUUCUGACACCAUUGUUAUACUGCUUUACAUUAUAUGUUGUAAUUUUUUUAAGAAAUAUACAUAUGAAAAUUA